AUGCCGCCGCGCUACGCCAUGAACAAUAUGAUGCGCCGUCCCGUCCGGCCGAUGGAGCCGCAGCACCCCAUGCCAUAUCAUUACGCACCGCCGGGGUACGCCAUGCACCCCGGCAUGGACGAAAACGCGAUGCGUGCGCAGCGCCCGCCGAUACCACCGCCGAUCCCACAUCCACCCACACCCGCAGAUAGCAUGGGGCAUCCCGUGCAUGUGCCGCAAGCGCCAGCCGCUGCGCCCGGCCCCCCAGGCGCAAGCGGCCCGACGCCCACCGUGUACUUGGCUACCUACUCCUCUGUUCCCGUCUACGAAAUCACCGUGCGUGGCAUUGCGCUCAUGCGGCGACGCUCCGACGGGUACUUGAACGCAACGCAGAUCCUCAAGAUUGCGGGAAUCGAGAAAGCCAAGCGCACGCGGAUCCUCGAGCGCGAGAUCCUCACCGGAGAACACGAAAAAGUGCAGGGUGGGUACGGCACGUUCCAAGGCACCUGGAUCCCGCUGCAGCGUUCGCAGGAGCUUGCCGUGACGUACGGCGUCUACCCCCUGAUCCGCCCGCUGCUCGACUUUGAUCCAAGCGCGACGCGCGCCGUAUCUCUCUCGCAUGGCAAGCGCCGCGCCGUGCCCGAAACGCCCGAAACGCCCGAAACGCUCGAGACGCCCAUGCAAGGUCUUGCCACUGCGCGCUCUGUUGCGCCUGCGCCGACGAGCCAGCAGCCGCGCUUUCUCACGCUGCUGCCGCCGCGGUCAGACAGCCAUGUCGGCGCAGGCGCCGCAAUCCAUACACCCACACCGGGCACGCCGCACGCACACAAUGGCGGUGUGCCGCCCGGCUCGCUCCCGGACCAGAAACAGGCGCUCGGCGCGUACGCCGCGCACGGAUAUAUGCCGCAAGGCGUGCUUCUUCCCCCUGCCGACGUGCCGUACCAAGCGACGAAACGGUCCCCCGAAGCGCUGCCCGACGAGCGCGCCGUGAAGCGCCGCACCACGUCGCCGACCGAGCUUGUGCACGAUCUCAAUGCGCUGGUAUCCAGCGGCGAGCUGCACUCUGCCGCGCGCCCAGUGCGUGCGGAAGCGCGCGAUGCGGACACGGUCCACGGGCCGCGUUUUGCCAACAAGGCUGCCGUGCCGAAUCUCGGCGACGAGCGCGAGCGCAAAGCGCGCGAGCAGCUCACUGGACUCUUUGUCGACGAUUACGCGCCAGACGCGACGCCGCCGCUGCUGGACCGCUUGCACGCACUUCUUGCCGAGCUUGCGCCGCACGCCUCUGCGCUGGACCUUGUCAUUGACGACCACGGCCACACUGCGCUCCACUGGGCCUCGGCGCUGUGCCGCCUGCCGCUUGUAAAGAUGCUCACUGCGCUGCCUCGUGCACAAGGCGGCGCCAACAUUUUUGUCGGGAACUAUGCCGGGGAAACCGCGCUGCACAGGUCUGUUUUGGUGACCAAUGCGUACGAAAUGUCGCAGUUCUCCGACCUGCUCGACCUGCUUGCCGCCAGCCUGCAAACGCGCGACCACCGCAAACGCACCGUACUGCACCACAUUGCGCUUGUCGCUGGCGUCAAGGGGCGCGCAGCGCCGGCCAAGUACUACCUGGGCUGUGUCCUGGACAAGAUUACCGCGUCUGGCCAAGGCCCAGGCGCUCUUUUGCCGCAGUAUGCGAGCAUGCUCGACGCACAGGACGACGAGGGCGAGACGGCGCUGAGCAUUGCCGCGCGGCUCGGAAAUACCAACAUGAUCAAGAUGCUGCUCGACGCAGGCGCACGCAAAGACUUGCCCAACUAUCUCGGCAUCACCCCGCUCGAUUGGGGCAUCACGAAUCUCGCGCCGAGCGAUGCGGCGCCGGCGACGGUGCUCAACGAGCUGGUCUCGUUCAAACCCACCGACGUCGUCAAGUCGCUCGCCAACCCGCCGCCGGGGCCCGUAAAGAAGAGCGAGGACGUGCUCGAGAAGCUCGUACAGACACUCGAAGAUCUCCAAUGCGUCUUCGACCGCGAGGCCUCGGCAAAGCACGAGGCGGUCGAGACGACACAGGUGCAUCUCCAAGCCGCCACGCGCGAACUCGCCGCACGGCGACGCCAGAUCGGCGCUGCACAAGCGGCUGUCAAUGAGCGCGAAGAGGCGCGGCAGAUGGCCGCCAACUUGGAGCGCGCGCUGCUUCCAUUUGGCCCAGCGAGCGACGCGGAGCCUUGCGGGCCGUUUGGCCACGACAUCGCCGAGCGCGCCGCUGCGGUCUUGCACGCCGCACGCACUGCACAGCCAAGCGAGUACUCCGCACAGAUCGUCCGUUUGCGUUGGCUGCUCGGUGCGCUGGGACACGAAUGCGAUGCGCUGACGCACGCAACGGAGGCGCUUGUGCUUGGCGCGCGUGAUCGCCAGCAAAAGUACCUUGCUGUGGUUGCCAAGUGUGCGAAUAUCGCACCGGACAAGGUCGACGGGAUGCUCGACGAGCUCUUGUCUGCGGUAGAAUCGAUGGGCACCGAUGCAAACAUUGCUUCCGUGUCCAACUUUAUGCAAAAGGUCGGCCGCACAGCCGUGCCAGCGCAUGACGCCGCGAUGGAGACGGGAUAG